UCACUCUCAUGCUGAUGCCUGUCCACAGCCGCACGCUGCCGCUCUGUCUCUGCUCUGCCUUCAUUCAUGGACUAUAAACCUUCUGCAGAUUCCCUCUAAUGACACUGCUGCUCUCUACAGUUUUUCACUUUAACAGGCUCCAGCUGAGCUGAGCAACUCCACACAAAUUACACGCUUUAACUCCAGCAGCCACUUGUGGCUUCAGCCGGUGGACUAAACGAGCAAAACUUUAAUUCUUCAGGGUUAAAGCAGCUCCGUUCAGGACUACAAUGCCGGACUCCGCUGUUGUGAACAAGAACGGAAUGGUGACAGAACCGCAGACGAGGACGAGGAUGGAGCCGUUCACUAACUAUUACGACCUGGUUGGCAGAGAACUUGGCAGAGGAAAAUUUGCAGUGGUGAAGAAGUGCGUGGAGAAAGCUACAGGGAAGGAGUACGCCGCCAAGUUCUUGAGGAAACGGCGGAAGGGAAAGAGCUGCCGCGAGGACAUCAUGAAUGAGAUUGCAGUGCUGGAGUCAGCUAAGGCCAACCAAUACGUAGUGGGGCUGCACGAGGUGUACGAGACCAGCAACGAGAUCAUCCUGGUGUUGGAAUGUGCCGCCGGAGGUGAGAUCUUCGACCAGUGCGUUGGCGACAGCGACGAGGCCUUCACAGAGAAAGACGUGAUCCGAUUGGCUCGGCAGAUUCUAACGGGCGUGGCCUUCCUUCACAAGAAAAAUGUUGUCCAUUUGGACUUGAAGCCUCAGAACAUUCUGCUGACCUGCACCCAGCCGCUGGGGGAUAUCAGGAUUGUCGAUUUCGGCCUGUCGCGGCAUGUAAACAGCACGUCAGAAGUGCGAGAGAUUGUGGGCACUCCAGAGUAUGUGGCACCUGAGAUUCUGGACUAUGAGAAAAUCAGCACGGCUACAGAUAUGUGGAGUAUUGGAGUGCUGAUGUACGUGAUGUUGACUGGGGAGUCUCCUUUUUUGGGCAAUGACAAUCAAGAGACCUAUCUCAACAUCUCCCAGGUCAACGUUGACUACUCCCAAGACGUCUUCCAUGGAAUCUCGUCCCUCGCUGUAGAUUUCAUCAAGUCACUGCUGCACAAAAACCCUGCAGAUCGAGCGACCGCCGAACAGUGCUUACAACACCCCUGGUUAAACGAACAGGCUGACGAGCAGGAGGCCAGCCAAUCUGAAUCCGAGCCAGAAAGUCCCGCCCCUUCCCCAGACAUGUGCAUCAUUCCCGUGUAUCCCACAUGCCCUGGUCAAGGGGAACUGAAGACGGGCCGGGAUGCUUUCAGCUUCUCCGAGCCGUUUCCAACGCGGCCUGAAAUCCAGCAGGAACUGAUCUGUUGAGAGCUAGAAACAUAACUAACAAAUCGACGGAGGGCUGAGAAGGUUCGUCCUUCAGCCAAUGAGGUUCUUUACUGUCACACACUGUUGGCUUGAGUUGGCUUGUGUUUGACAGUGGUCCACUCAGGUGUUUAAAAAAACAAAACGCCCCGCCUGUAUGCUUGUGUGCGUCCGCGAGUGAGUGCGUGUUGCUGGUGAAGCUAGCAAGCUGUGAGUGUGUGUUUGGGUACUGUAUGAGGAGGCGUGUCGACUUUUCCUAGAGAUCUAUGCACUUGUGUGGUGGGUGUGCGGUGGAAAAAGAGUGCAUGUGCCAUAAGCAAGCUCUUAAUAAGCCCUUAAGACCUUAAUAAAGGGUUUAAGUUAAUAUUUUUUUUUAAAUAUAAAGCAUGCUCCAUAUGGGCUUAAGUCAAUUUCAUUAAUAAUUAAGCAAGCAGAGCUUCAUUCUGUGGCUUCUUCUCCUCAGUCUACAUGCAUUACUCUUACACUGUCUGCAUCCAUCAGUCCAUCCAUCCAUCUGUCUGUUCAUCAGCAAGUCUAAAGAAGAGCUUCUGUUGGAAAUGACCUUUGGUAUGCUGGACAGAAGCUCAGGAGAAGCUCUGUGAAGUCUGGCUUCUAAACUCUCCUAGCUCUGAGGAACUUUGAACAUGUUGGACAUUGGGGAAUGUCAAUGAACUCAAUGAACAAGAACAAUGGACAUCUUUUUUUUUUUAAGGAACUCUGUUCUGAUUGGCUAACUGACUUGGUUGACUGUGUAUUCCUCAUCCCUCUCCUUUUUCUUUAUCUUCUUCUAGGAUGCUUUAAACUGUUCAAAGUGUUGAGAAUAGUACAGAAGUGUUGAGAAGGACAGAAUCGCAAUACAAUGUUCAAGCACUUUUAUAUUAAUUAAUAAAUAAAAAAAUAAGCGUGAAAAAUGUUUAACCCCUAAUUAACCAAGUGCUACAAAAGUGACAAUGUGCCAAAGACUUGUCAACAUGGUUAAAAACAAGCACAGUUCAGUAGAGUUAGCAACGAUCACCAUAUAUAUAUUUAGCCGUAUACACACGCACACACAUUCCAUCCACCACUGUUAUCUGUUAUCAGUUUCCAUCACUGUUCUCCACCAGUUGCCACAAACACCACUUUGGUUUCUGUUCCAGUUCUUUUGACUUUUUCUCAAGAUGUUUUGCUUUAGUUGCACAAGUUUUUAUGUAUAGGACUCCUCCUUUAUCUUUUGUAUGUAACGAUCUCGGGCUCCUCAGAGUUAUUGAUGUACAUAAUGUAUGAAGAUAAAAGUGGCCAGCUCACAGGAUAUUUCUUAGAAGAAGUAUUUUGUAGCUGGUCAUAUAGAUGAGGUUGAUUAUGAUGCAGUGGGGCUGUUGUAAAUUUUAAUAUGUGAUUCUUACUGCAUUUGAAACGACUUGUCCACUUGUCAACAACUGCAAGUUCAGACCGUGCUCUGGGAGCUGGGAUCUAUGGGAGCGAACAUUCAAUUUUUUUUCUUUU